AUGCCCUCCCAACCCCUCCUCCGAAAGCACUCACCGACCGAGAAGCUUCGCGUUCUUUCUGCGCAUCGUGCAGGGCGUGCUGACUGGCUUCAGGUGGCCGAGAACAACGGCAUAUCGCGAGCAGUGGCCUGCCGCAUUGUCGCCUCAGGACGCGUGGAGGAUGUGCCACGCGGCGGCCCUCGGGGUAGCGUCGUGAAGAUCACAGAAGAGGCCAGGAACAAGCUCGAAGAGUACCUCAACGAGAAUUGCACAUUUACAUUAGAAGCUAUGCGUACGAUGCUCUUUUUGGACAUGGGAAUUAACGUCUCCACCUCAACGAUCUGCCGCCACUUGCUGGGCAUGUUGUACACGGUAAAACAGACACGCAUCGAGACCAUGACGUGCAACAAUGACCAAACGCUUCAACGUGGUCGGGGACGCGCGCGUAAAGGAGAACGCGCUACACUGGUGAUGCCACCGUCAAAAGGGGCCAACUUGCAAGUCCAGUACGCGGUCAACUCAGCUAUGGGUGUUGUACUCCAUCGGCUGGAGAGGGGGAGUAUUCGUAUGGCCCAAAAUGCUGCCUUUAUCGACGAGAUUUACCGCACAGUAAAGGCGUCUCCUGUCUUUCAAAGCAACUUUGCCGGUAAGAAGGUUGUUAUCGUCCUGGAUAGCGCUCCUGCACACCGCCAAACGGAAGAGCGGGUGGAAGAGCACGCCGACCUGAAGCCUCGGCCCGUACUCUCCGAUGUGCAACCCCAUCGGGGGCUGCUUCUCCCCACGGAUCAAGGCGUAUCUUGCUUUGUAUCGCGAGGAGAUUUGUGA